UUGGUAUAGAAGGUAUCACGAAAAGGAUAUACAACACGUCCACCUUCCGUACCUCUAUCUGUACAAUGAUGUAUAUGAAGCCUUUCAGUGGUGCCCUCCGCAUGGGGCCUCAAAUAGCCGUGUCCAUCAACCCGUUGAGAUGUAAGUACCUCAUCAAUGAGCCGUCACCUCGACCAGAGAACUAACAUGCAUAGCCCUCACUUCCACCAGAUCCUUGUUCCAAGCCGACUUUGCCAGCGUCGGCAAAACCAUUGAAACUCCGCGGUCCCCAGACGCCCCAAAGAAGGAGGUUGCCAACAAGAAGACCUCCUCCAAAAUCAAGCCAUCGCUCAACAUUAACAAGUACGUCCUCCACUGUGGUUUCUCCAAGAAUAACACCCACAUGACCCUUACUGCCGAAAUCGAAGACUUGAACUUCUUGGAAAGAAAGGCCGGCUUAACUUACAACCAAAAGGUCUUGUAUUACUUAACUUUGCAAGAAAAGGUCGUCAUGUCCCACGCUACCGGUCACUUCGGCUUUAGAAAGUCUCAGAGAGGUGAAUACGAAGCUGCUUUCCAGACCGCGGCCUCUUUCUUCAAGAAGAUGGAAGAGAAGGGAUGUUUGGACAAGCCGCUUGAGCUUGUCUUGAGUGAGUUCGGUAAGGGUAGGCAAGCGUUCAUCGCCGCCUUAGAAGGUAAGGAGGGUAACAAGAUCAGAGACAAUAUCAUCAGAGUCAGCGACCACACUAAGAUCAAGUUUGGUGGUAACAGAUCUCCAAGACGCCGUCGUUUGUAAACCGCAUGCAUUCUCUGUAUGCCCCGCUUUUGCAUGAAUAUUUCGAUUCACAUUCUAGACAAGCACCUUUCCUCGCUUGAGUGGAGUCUUGUCGUCCCCUGAGGGAACUCAGCUGUAUAAUAGUGGAUAGUAUUUAUUCCACAUCAAGGUACUAUGUGUUAGCUGCCAGCACCAUAUGUUUAUGUCUGUAUAUAACUAAACCCCAAAUAUAUGAUAGCCCUUGAUAACCAUCCGC